GUCGUUGGGUCAUUAUGUUCAAUGCGUGGGUAUAGUCGAUGUAUUCUUGACCAUCUUGAAUAUAUUGUUGUCCUGGGAUCCAAAGGAUAGCAAUGAAGUAAUAUAUUCUUAUGGUAGGGAUCUUAAAUAAAAGGACUUUUCUUUCCCUUUAUUUAAAUGAUAUAAAAAGGAAUAGUUGAAAUUAUAAUUUGGGAAAUAAUUCACUACUAUGGUCUUUUUUUUAGUUUUUGAUAUAUAAAACUAAUUUUGUUAGCUAAUAUAACAUAACAACCAUGUCUGAAUUUUUCUGGUUUCUGAAUUAUAAAACUUUGUUAGCUAACAUAACAAGUAUAUCUAAAUUUUUAUGUAUUUUGAAAAUGAGUUAUUUUAAUUUUUUUUUUUAUAAUAAUUAUCAUUAUGUUUAUGUGUGUUCCAAUCUCGGGAACAAUUGUUUGACUCUAGUACAUUUGAUAAGAAAACAAAUAAGACGUUGAAAUAUAGGUAGAAGUUAUCCGGACCUGAAUUCACCCCUUCUUUGUUAUCUUCAUGGCCUUUUCUUUACUAGUGUGCCUAUCCCACACUGAUAAUUUAGUUUAAAAUUUUCAGUGACUUGAAUUUUAAAAACUAUUUCAAUUGCAGUUUACAGGAUGAUCAGAAAGAAAAUCGUUACCGAAGAGCUUCUAACCAAUUAUAUUUAACUUUGUUAAUUCGAAGUGUUUACAGGAGCACUAACGCUUUCUGAUGAUUACAGGGCAUUUGUUUUAAUAUGAGUUUUUAUUGUAAAGUACUUUCGGGACUAUUGGCGUCGCUAUUAUACAGAGCUUUCACAUCGCAUAUUUUAAGUCCACGGUGUGAUAAUUAAUUACACUGCCAUUUUCUUCAGGGGCUAACUUUGAACAUGUCAUUAAGAUUUUCAUCAUUUUCCUAAAGAAAGUUCUGAAAAAUCACGCGCCGCGUCUUUGCUAGUGGGUGUGCAUCUACAUUUUUCUCUUCCAGAUGUUCAAUAUAUAGAACAUGUGUCAAAUUCAUGGAGGAGCAUAUAAUCCUCCCUUGAUAUGUUCUACGAGAAUAUCUAGAAAGGAAAAGACAUACAUACGGUUCUUCUACCUAAGUUUUCACAACCAUUUUUCUUAGUACCGUCUACUACAUAUUUAACACAAAAGAAAUGAAUAGUGAAAGUGCAUUUCACUGAACUAGUACGUUCUCAUCAUUGAGAACGUAAAUAGUCUAGAAUUACCGCUCUUAGAAAAAAGAAGCUAAGAAGCUAGCUUCGAGACCAUAUAAAGCAACACUGCCAUCAUUUGCACCAGAAAAUUUGAGUUUCCAUUCUUUCAUGAUCAUGAAGAUUCUCGUUAGCAUUCUGAUGCUCAUUUUCUUCCCAUUCUUCACUGUUUUCGUGUCAUUGUUACCUGCAGAGCAACUGUUUGGCAUAGAAUACGAAGUCCGUGUGAUCAAUGGCUUCACAAACAACUCCUCACUUCCUCUAGUGAUAUGGUGCGCUUCCAAAGAUGGUGAUAUUGGCGGGCGUGCACUCCAGGAGCAUGAUGAUUUCAGUUGGCCUGUCAAGACCAACUUCUGGAUUACUACAACAACCUCUCAAUUCUCAUGCACUGUCAAAUUGGACCGUACAAGGAAGAGUUUUGAUGCAUUCAAGGUACCAAGAGAUAUCUAUCGCUGUAGUGCUCUCAGGAAAUGCUCAUGGCUGGUUAUGGAAGAUGGGUUUUAUUUCAGUGAUGAUGAAGUAAACUGGAAGAAGGAUUUCUCAUGGUAAAGCACCAGACCAGCUAAGUUCUCUCUACUCUACUCUACUCUACUCUACUCUGUUCUACUUCUACUUCUCUACUAGUUUUGCUUUUACUGUCUUGAUCUUGGCCUUUCCGAAGUUAGAUUCUAUAGUGUAGUUCAGGAAAGGAAGGCUAUUUUGAAUCAUAAAUGAGUUUAGCGAAGGAAUUUGAAUUCCCCGGUUAUCUACCUAGUAAAAAUCGCCUUUUGUUUUUGUACCGUGUACCUCUUGAAUUAAUUAAUAAUAAAUCUCUUUUUUUAGGCGAA